GCAAGGAUACUGGAGCUCACAAGCGUACUUCGCAGAUGCAGGAGGAAGCCAAGUUCCCAUCGCACUACGCCCUCGAUACAGACGAUCACGACAUCGAGGAACUUUACAAGUUCGUCAUCCCGGUGCCUUCGCAGCAGCCCAAGGUUGAGGCGGCCUUCUCCUUCCCCCAGCUGUACACGCUUGCUACGCUGGAGGAGGCACCGAUCAGGAAGGAGGAGAUGUACGGCUUUGACCCUGGGCUUGCGUUGCAGGAUGAUGCCGAACCACACCAGACAGAG